AUGCCAUAUAAGCUGUGGAAGGUGCGGCUCCAGUGUACUAACCCUGCCUGUGCCACGCAACAGCUGUGUGGUGGUGGACUGCACAGGAGGGUACGACAGGUGUUAGACAUUGACAGAUACUACAACCUGGUGACAGAGACCCUGAUCUGCACCAGGUGUAGAACCAGCUACCUGUCCUGGAGUCAUGCUGUGCUGCAGCAGUUGGACCUGGCCCAUCGAUCGGAAUUCAGGGUCAUCCUCACACGCAAGUAUGCCUGUGACAUUCGGGUUCUUCGCUUGCUGCGUGAGAGGGGCAUGGGGAAUGGCCCAGUGAGGAUCAUCGGCCAGCUGAGAGAGAACCACAGUGAGGAGUGGUUGAAACGUGCGCUUCGGUACACAUCAGAGUGUGUGGCCUUUUUUGAUAAUCGUGGCCUGCAUCCGGUGCACUUCCAGGAGCCACCACCACUUGCUUCAGUACCCAGCUACAAAUGGCUCCUCACUGUAUACAGUCAGGACAUUCUCAACAGGCUCGAUCACAUAAAGGCCAGCAUAACAUCCACGUAUGGAUCAAUUUUAAAAAUGGAUUCAACUAAGAAGGUCACCAAGAAGUUGAGCGGGCCUGCGAAAGGCACAGCACAGUGGCUUACCUCAGUGGGCAAUGAGAUAGGUCAGGUGCUGAUGAGUGUCCUGACUGCGAAUGAAGGGGCUGGGUUAGACCUCAUGGCUGCAGGGCUCAUGGAGCGAUACCGGAGUGCUGGUGUUGAUCCUCCCACUGUCAUUUAUGUGGGCUUGUGA